GCCCGGGCGGAAGCAGGAAGCGGCGGAGCGGGGCCGCGUCGGCUGGGGUGCGCGGUGCGGGGCCAUGGCGGAGAAGUUCGACCACCUGGAGGAGCACCUGGAGAAGUUCGUGGAGAACAUCCGGCAGCUCGGCAUCAUCGUCAGCGACUUCCAGCCCAGCAGCCAGGCCGGGCUCAACCAGAAACUGAAUUUUAUCGUCACCGGCUUACAGGAUAUCGAUAAGUGCAGACAGCAACUUCAUGAUAUCACUGUGCCUUUAGAAGUUUUCGAAUACAUAGAUCAAGGUCGAAACCCACAGCUGUACACCAAGGAGUGCCUGGAGAGGGCUCUGGCGAAGAACGAGCAAGUCAAAGGCAAGAUCGACACGAUGAAGAAAUUCAAAAGCCUGUUGAUUCAAGAACUUUCUAAAGUAUUUCCAGAAGACAUGGCUAAGUAUCGAAGCAUCCGGGGGGAGGAUCACCCUCCUUCCUAAGUCCGUCCUCCCUCCGUCUGAAGGUCCUCCUAGUCCUGCAGGAACCGCGUGACCUUCAGGCAGCCUGUGACUUGAGCGGCUGCUCUCCUGUGCCGGCCCUCCAGCCACUCUGUCCUGGUCGUCGGCCUUGGGGAUGGCGGGGCCUGGUGGGCCUGUGGAGCGCCGCUGCAGCAGGCCUCCGUCCCUGACACGCGUCUGUUAGGUCCUCGAGUGUCCCCUGGCUGUGAACACACGCCUAGCGUGCGACGCGCUGAUUCUCCGUGGCAGAGCAUCCUGGACGUAGUAAACAUGAUAGGUGAAGAAGAAGGUCUGAAAGUUCUAGCUAAUACUUUAUGUUCCAUUUCAUUAUGGUGUCAAAGAAAGCUUAAAUAAAGGAAAAGUUAAAAAUGAAAAAAAUAGGUUUAAAAUUGGUUUAAAAUGAGAAGUACUUGAAUUGGUUUUGUAUUUUUCAUGUAUAGUGCAUAAAGGAUGUGUUUAGUGUAACUGUUUACAAGGAUUUGUGUUAGAUAUGAGCAUAUAAUAAAGUUUUUAAGUGUUUCUAUGA